AUGUACCCAACACGUUCUGGUCCAGGAGAUGGGCCUGUACCAAGGCCAGUACGGACUAGUGACAGACCUAGGAGAAGACCAAAACCAUUUGGUCGCCCAUACUUUUAUUACCCAGGAACUGGUGUUCGAAGCAAGAAAGUCAAGAGCAAGGGGCGGACAGCAGCUUCUCGGAUUGCAAAAAUGAUGCGUCCUGGAAACCGGCCUGUACGAACCAUAAGUGCUAAUUCAGUCAACACUAAUCUUCGACGGUCUACAAGAAAGAGGAGGGUUCCUUCAAACCUUGAUGGCUAUGAAAACACUUCUGGUUCGGAAGAUGAAGACAUCAUGAAACCACGUCCUCAUAGACGCUUGAGGAAGAAAGGUUUCACUACAGUCAAUCACAAUGACUUGUCGUCUCCGAAGUCCAAGAAGAUUGAUGAGACCAAAUCACCUCCCAGGCGCGAAGGACUGCGUCCGCGUCAUUCUACAGCACUUGGUAGAAAAGGCCUGAACUUAGAUUCAGGUGAUGAUAAUACUUCUGAUGACAAGGUGCUACAGGAUGAGACAGAGAAUGGAAAUGACAUUGAUGAAAAUGAUGCCGAUGAUUGUCGGGAUGAAGAGGAUGAGGGCCAUGGAGAUGGUGAGGAUGAAGGAGAAGAAGAUGGUGAUGACGAGGAGGGUGAAGAAGAACAGGAGGAUGGAAGAAGGAGGUAUGAUCUUCGAAAUCGUACAGAUCGUGCGGAUGUUCGAAGGCUGCCCAUGUUGGAUAAGCAAAGGCAGAGAUCCCCGCGAAGAAUAUUGCAUCAAGGACUAGGGACCAAGGUCAAUAGGGAUAUGAGAAAGGGCGGAUCUCGAGUACACAAGCGCCAUCGUCUAACAAGGGUUGAUGAUUCUGAUGAUUCUCUUCUUGUGGAUGAGAUGGACCAGGGGCCUGCGAUUCCUUGGGCUCGAGGUGGGGCUAGAUCUGGACCACCUUGGCUCUUUGGUGGCCUAGACAUGCAUGGGACAACAACAUGGGGACUGAAUGUUGCUGCUUCUGGGUGGGGUCAUCAGGGUGAGAGUUUGGGGGGUUUAAGUUCGGGGGUACAAACUGCUGGGCCGAGUUCUAAGGGAGGGGCAGAUAUCCAGCCCUUACAACUUGACGAGAGUGUGAGUUUUGAAGAUAUAGGCGGGCUUUCUGAGUAUAUAGAUGCUUUGAAGGAAAUGGUCUUCUUCCCAUUGCUAUAUCCGGAUUUCUUUGCCACUUACCACAUCACCCCGCCAAGAGGUGUUUUGCUCUGUGGUCCUCCCGGCACUGGGAAAACCUUGAUUGCCAGGGCAUUAGCAUGUGCUGCUUCAAAGGCUGGGCAGAAGGUUAGUUUUUAUAUGCGUAAAGGUGCUGAUGUACUCAGUAAGUGGGUUGGGGAAGCUGAGAGGCAGUUGAAACUUCUUUUCGAAGAGGCUCAGAGGAAUCAACCUUCGAUAAUCUUCUUUGAUGAAAUAGAUGGUCUUGCACCUGUUAGGUCUAGCAAACAAGAGCAGAUACACAAUUCCAUUGUUUCCACUUUGCUGGCUUUGAUGGAUGGCCUGGAUUCUCGUGGACAAGUUGUUUUGAUUGGAGCAACUAACCGGGUUGAUGCUAUUGAUGGGGCUUUGCGCCGUCCUGGUCGGUUUGAUCGUGAAUUUAACUUCCCAUUGCCAGGUUGUGAGGCACGUGCUGAGAUUUUAAGCAUUCAUACUCGAAAAUGGAAGCAGCCCCCUUCAAAGGAGCUAAAGUUUGAGCUUGCAGCUAGCUGUGUUGGAUAUUGUGGAGCUGAUUUAAAGGCACUAUGCACCGAAGCUGCUAUCCGUGCUUUUCGUGAAAAAUAUCCUCAAGUUUAUACAAGCGACGAUAAGUUUCUGAUUGAUGUUGAUUCAAUCAAGGUGGAAAAGUAUCACUUUAUAGAAGCCAUGUCCACCAUAACUCCUGCUGCUCACAGAGGUGCUCUAGUGCACUCUCGGCCAUUAUCCCUUGUAGUAGCUCCAUGUCUGCAAAGACACCUUCAAAAAGCUAUGAAAUGUAUUUCCGAUAUAUUCCCACCACUUGAUGUGUCAGCAGAGUUCACGAAAUUGUCUAUGCUUUCCUAUGGUUCUGCAAUUUCUCUGGUGUAUAGACCUCGGAUUCUGCUCUGUGGCAGUGAAGCUUCUGGGUUGGAUCAUCUUGGCCCAGCAAUUUUACACGAACUGGAGAAGUUCCCUGUUCAUUCUCUUGGGCUUCCUUCUCUUCUUUCGGAUCCAAGUGCUAAGACUCCAGAGGAAGCAUUGGUCCAUAUAUUUGGAGAAGCCAGAAGAACCACGCCGUCAGUCCUUUACAUACCUCAUUUCCACCUUUGGUGGGAAAAUGCACAUGAACAACUCAGGGCAGUUCUGCAAACGCUAUUAGAAGAAUUGCCAUCUGAUUUACCUAUACUGUUACUUGGGACUUCGUCUGUAUUACCUCCUGAGAUUGAUGGGAAUCCAUAUUCAGUUUUUCCUCUCCGUUCGAUACAUCUAGUGGAUGGUCCAUCAACCGAGGAUAGAUCAGCAUUUUUCAGGCAGUUAAUUGAAGCUGCUUUAUCAGUCAUGCUAGAGGGUAACACCAAGAAAUCUGGACAAUUAGAGCCUUCGGAUGAACUUCCUAAGGCUCCAAAAGUGGCCAGUGGUCCGAAGGUCUCUGAGUUGAAAGCUAAGCUUGAAGCGGAGCAGCAUGCACUUCGUAGAAUGCGAAUGUGCCUAAGAGAUGUCUGCAAUCGGAUAUUGUAUGACAAAAGGUUCACUGCCUUCCAUUAUCCAGUCUCAGAUGAGGAUGCUCCAAAUUACCGAACAGUAAUCCAGAACCCUAUGGAUGUGGCCACUCUUCUGCAGAAAGUGGACUCUGGUCAGUAUAUUACUUGUUCAGUGUUCCUGCAGGACAUUGACCUAAUUGUUAUGAAUGCAAAGGUUUUCAAUGGAGAUGACUACAAUGGCUCCAGGAUAGUUAGCAGAGCUUACGAGCUUCGAGACUCUGUGCACGGGAUGCUGUCUCAAAUGGAUCCUGCGCUGGUUGCUUAUUGCGAUAAAAUCGCAGCCCAAGGAGGGCCAAUGCAGCUGCCUUAUGAUAUAGGGGGGACCAUCUUUCCGUCCACGCCAGUUGUGCAGCUGGGUACUGCAGUCACCAGAGCAAGUGCCCGCCUUCGAAAUGUGCAGCCAGAAGUCAAUCUUGAUCAAAGCUACGAGGUUCUGAAGCGGCCACGAAAAACGGUCGAUGCUGCUGCUGCACAUCCAGCUGAAGACAGACAGCAAGAUCAAUCAUCUGAAGAAGCUGUUGAUGCUGAUGUUGCCAUGGUAGUCGACGAAACCCCUGGGAAGCAGCAGGCCCCAGAAUCCCCUCCUACUGCCUCACCUGCUGCCCCCUCCACAGCCGAGGUAGAUCACCAGCUGCGGCAUGAAAAUUGUGAUGGCACAACUUCUGGGGACGAUUCAUCAAAAGAUGCGACAAUGUCAGAUGGCGAUCUUUCAGCCGAAAUGAAUCAUGUGAAGGAACUCUUCUUGGAGCGCUCAGUAGACUAUGGGAUACCUCAGCUAGAGAGGCUCUAUAUGAAGGUGAUCAAGAGCAUUUUCUCGUGCAAGAAUGGCGAAAAAGGCAAAGGAUGUCUUAGGAGUUCAAUUUUGAUGUGUUUGCUCAAGUAUGUCCAGGAUGACCAUAAUUUUUCCUGA